AUGGAUAAAGCGAGGGGGUGGAGGACGAAGAGCGUGUGCAGCGACCUGAGCGUGUAUAGCGAGGAGCCGAGUACGCCGCUUGCGUCGAGGAUGUUUGAGCGAGAGAAGCAGCUGGGAGCGAGGCCGGGUGGAGAUGGAGAGGGCGAGGGCGAGGGCGAGGGCUCGAGCGAGGGAGAGGAGGGGGGUGUGUGGGUGUACCUGAGGGGACGGACGAGCGCUGUCGACCUAGACUUUCUGCGCCUCCACCCGCACGCCGCCCCGCCGCCCUCGCCGCUCUCGCCCUUCACGGCCAUGCACUCUCGCCCACGCGCACCGACCCCGUCAGCAAGCACGCCCCCCGUCCCAGACAGCCCCUGGUCCCCCGCCGCCCCAGACCCCCACUUCCCUCCCAGCCCCCCCGCCCGUCCCUCCGACGCCCUCUUCCUCGCCGCACCAGACUCCCCGGCCUUCUCCCCGGCCCAGCCCCACUUCCACUCGCCCCUGCUCGCCCGCCCCGACGAUGCCGACGACGACGACGACGACGACGACGACCUCCUCCCCUACUCGGACCCGUCGCUUCCCCACUCCUUCGCUCGCCCCCCCAAGCCCGCCGCCCUCCCAGACCCAGCCCACUUCCCAGACCCCUACCCCUUCCGCCCCCCGCACCAGUACCUCAGCUCUACCCCGCCCGCCCUCUCCUCCGGCGGCUCCGAGUCCGCCUCCACGCGUUCGUCCGCUUACACAUCUGCCCACAGCAGCACCGGCAGCGCCCUCGCCUCCGGUGACUAUGGAAACCACGUCCACGUCGCCUCCAGCCACGACGACCCCGUCGGCGUGGGCAUCACCUCCGACGAUGUAGUCCACCUCAUGCACCAGGACCCACACGACCCCCACGCACCAUCGCACCCAUCGCACCCCUCCCACUCCCGCGUCCCUAUCGAUCAGACUCGCUGGUCCCAUUCCUAUUCCGCCAGCAUUCGCUCCCGCUCCUCCCUCGUCCGCAGCAACUCGAACGCCGCACACGAAAGUCCCCCACCCGCUCUCAAGCCAAAGCCCAGCUACGACCUCAGCUGGCAGGCCGUCGACGAGCGCGACGAAGUCGAUCUCACAAGCGGCGACGAGACCGAGGACACAGAUCUCGACCCGGACGACUUUGACGACGACGACGACGACGACGAUGCGGAUCACGAGGAGGAGCGCACCUCCGCUGUCGUCAUGGCCGAGGAGGGUCGCGGCCAGAUCGUCAGGGGCGACGGCGUGUCCACCAUUCAUCUUCACGUCCAGCCAGGCACCACCCAUCUUCUCGUCGGUUCUUCGAGCACGCCGAGCGCCAUCCCGUCCUUCCUGACGACGACCCUUCCGCAAAUUAAUCUCACCUUGGUCGCCCUGGACAUCUCCGCCAACUUCCUCGGCGCCCUUCCGCCCGCGCUCGAAUCCUGCAUCCAUCUCGAAGAACUCAACAUAUCCUCCAAUCCCCUCCGCGCUCUGCCCCUCUUCGUCGCCAACCUCGUCUCCCUUCGCGUCCUCAUCGCGGAUUCCACUGGGGUCACCACCCUUCCCACGCCCCUCAGCGCUCUCGAGAAGCUGCAUACACUCAGCAUUCGCCGCAACAAGUUCUAUUCGCUCCCAAGCUGGCUAUGUCUUCUCACGUCUUUGGAAGCCCUCUUGGUCGAUGGGAACCCUUUCCAGGGCCCGUGGAAAGCCCUUGUCGAUCCCCUGCUGCCCAAGGAACCUCCGCCCACUCCUGUCUAUACACCUUCCACCCCCAUGCUCGCCUUGCAUUCCGCGACCACCCAGGACUCUGAGUCCUUCAUCGACACCGACCUCGAGGACUCUCCCGAGUCGCCCCUCCUCGACCAGGAUGGCCGCCCCACAGAAGACGAGGACACGAUCACGCCCGAACGUGCCCCCUUUUUGGGCCGGGCUACCAGCUACGCCGCACCGGAGGCUGGCGGCCAACCCGCCCACGGCGUCGUCCGCACCCGCACCACCCCCAACCGUGCGUACUACGACAAGUCGCGGCGCAGCGGCCACAGUCGGGCGGACCCCUCGGCACAGUCGGGCAGGAAGGUGCCCGACUCUGGCUACUUCGGCGAGCCAGAGAUCCGCCGCAUGAAAAGCGCGAGCGAGCUGCGCAGAGACGCCAUGCCCGUCCCAUCCUCCUCUGCAUCCCACCCCUCGACCGCCGCCUCGACGCCGCAGCGACCAGGCCUCGCCCACUACCCGACCUCGAUGUCCGCCUCGAACCUGCUCGAUCAGGCCGCCCUCCUCCCCGAGCCCAGCCCGCUCCCGAUGCGCUUCGCGAGCAUCGGCGUCACCGCGGGCACCCGCACGUCGCCCGCCCGCCCGGCGCUCGACCGGUCGCUGUGGGAGCGGCUCUCGAGCGCGGAGCCGUCCGAAGACGGGCCCUCGACGAGCUCGCGCCUCAGCCGCAAGUCGUUCGCGCGGGACCAGGCGAUGUCGCCCUCGUCCGUGGGGAGCCAGUCGCCCCCGGACAGGGACGGCCCUCGCCCGCGGAGUGGGUCCCGCCGGAAGGACGACAGGGACAAGGACAAGGAGAAGCACGGACGGUGGGGGUUCCUCAAAAAGAUGUCCAUGGGCAAGAUGCGCUCCGACUCGCCGGGGAACUCGCGCCCCUCGACCGCGCAGGGCCGGCCGUCCUACCAGACGCAACCGUUCGUCAACAUCGUGCCCGUGGACGAGUACAGGUCGUCGUCCGUGCCGCUCUUGAGCCGCGGGCCGUCCGCGGUGGACCUGGAGAUGCGCAUUUCCUCCACCGGCAAUCUCGACGUGAACCUGCCUUUGGCCGCACCCGAAAUCUCUGUUUCGCCGACGACCCUCGAAGAUUCUGAGCCUACGACCCCGGCCGGUGCAGCUCCCUCACCCUCACCCUCACCCAGCAUGCUCUCCUCGAACCUCUCGGUCACCUCGAGCACCACUCGGGGUGCGAGGCGACGCAGCUUUCUGCCGAUCGACGGCCCCCCCUCGCUCUCUGUUCCCCUCCCCUCGACGUUCCUCCCUGGCCUCACUGCCACAGACGGCACUGACGACGGCGACGAUCGCAAACCCAACUCUCCCACGUUCCACCCCACACCCAGUCCGGGCUCUCUACACGUGGACACGACGGAGCAGCACCAACGGCGUGAAGAAGAGAGGGCCCGGGAGGCCUACACGAGGGCGCUGCGCUCCGUGAUGGCCUACCUCCGGGACAUGAACGAUCUCUCUCUGUCGCAGACAAAUACGUCAAGUAUCUACGGCGGCUCGACGCCGCCCUCCGAUGGCGUGGGCAGCGGUGCGCGGUCCCGCCGGCCGACCAUGAUCGACAGCGCGCGCGUCGUCUCGGAUGGCUCCUUUACUUCGGGCUCGCGGAGCAACUCGUCGGACCAGCUCCGGUCGAUGGAGUCGAUCGCGCGUCUGCGGAGCCUGAGCUCGAGCCAGACGGCCAGUGUCGCGACGACGGACAGCAGUGGGUCGAACGGCGGCGAGGAGCGCAAGUUCAAGGAUGACAGUGGAAAGCGGGCGAUGAUCGUGCGGGAGAUCGUAACGACCGAGCGGACGUACGUCAAGGGCCUGCAGGAGCUCGUAGAUAUUUACAUCAAGCCAGCCUCUGCACCCGUCAACUUGUUGGGCGGCGUCGGCUCAAACAAAGAAACCGUGGUGCCUGCGCCGGAACGCAAGCUUGUCUUCAGCGGGCUAGAGUCGCUGUUCUCUUUCCAUAAAGAGAGUUUUCUGCCAGCUUUGGAGCGCGCGGCUGCACCGCUGUUGAAGCCUGCGGAGGCGUCACCGCCCGAGAAGAACGCACAGCUGUCUCAGGACGUGGCAAAGUCCAUCGCGAACAGUUUCGUCUCGCAUGCGGCGUUCAUGAGGAUGUAUUCGACCUACAUCAAUAACUUUGAGAACUCGGUGCAGCGCAUCAAGUAUUGGGUGUCGGAGCGCUCGACCGCGCACGCACAUCCCUCGGGCGGGCCGGCGUCUUCGUCCAGCACGGCGCAGAUGGUGGGUCUCGGCCUGGCCAUCUCCUCCAUCACGUCUCCUGGGCUCUCGCCGGACGCCCCCAUGAACGGGCCCGCGCCUUUGUCAUCCGGACAGCGGAAACGCAUCAAGUCGUACCUGAAGCGGUGCCGGCUGAACCCGCGCCACUCGCAGCUCAACUUGGAGGGCUACCUGCUGCUGCCCAUCCAGCGGAUACCGCGCUAUCGGUUGCUGUUGGAAGAGCUGGCGCGGUGUACGCCCCCGACGGCGUACGACUACAUCGAUCCACUGGACAAGGCGCUGACGGAGAUCUCGUCUCUCGCGACGAACAUGAACGAAGGGAAGCGCGAGUCAGAGUCGCGCAGGAAGCUCGUGCAGUGGCAGUCGCGGAUCCGUGGCAAGUUCCCCAGUCCGCUGGUCCAGCCCCACCGGCGCCUCAUCAUGGAUGGGCCCCUCCUGCUCACGCGGGUGGUGCGCAAGGCGACGAUCACGUUCGAGGUGAUCAAUGCGCAGGGCGACGCGUCGACGGUGCAGGUCGAGUGCCUCUCGCCGGAGCAGACCCCGCGCUCGCUCAUCGGGAUCCUGUGCAACGACCUCCUGGUGCUCUGUCGAGAUCCCUCGGAGGGGAGGGACCCCCACUCGCCGGUCGAUCUUUGGGCCGUGCUCCGCAUGCAGACUUUGCCUCAGCCGGCGAGCAUCGUCCAUGGCAACGUUCUCCGCCUCGUUGAUAACAAGGCGAUAUUGUACUUUGAGGCGACGUCGACGUCCGAUGCCUUGACGUGGUUCAGAGCCAUCAACCUCCACAUCCCGUCCUCAAAGGCGUGA